UUUGUGUGUUUACUUAACAAAUAACAUUCGUGACUAUAUUAUAUUAUUCAAAGCAAUAUAAUUUUUAAAAAAUUGAAUGUGUAGUUGCAUAGGAAUAAUAAAUUAAUAUUAUUUUAUGUACUUACAAAGUUUAAUAGUGAUGAGCAACAACAAAGUUUUGAUAGCUGCAGCGGGAGUCCUAGCAUGCCUUAUAGAGGAAGACGAGAAUAUUAAUCAAAAUAGAAGUAGGAAAAGAAAAAUAUGGGUCAAAACUUCUUUGAGCAAACGAUUGUUUCAUGACGUAGAAUCAAAACUUAUCGCAGAUUUAUUACUGAAUAAUGACGGAAGUUUUAAAAAUUUUACUAGAAUAUCGUGGGAUGCAUUUGAACGGUUGCAUCAUAGUAUUGAAAGCAAAAUCAAAAAAAAAAUACCCAUAUGAGAGAAUCCAUCUCAACAAAAGUAAAACUUGCAAUAACAUUACGUUUUAUUUCAAGUGGAGAGUCUUAUGUUUCUAUGGAAUAUUUAAGUAGAGUUUCGAGAUCUACAAUAUCACUUUUUGUUCCUGAAGUUAUAAAAGUUAUUUACGAACAGCUAAAAAAUAAAUAUUUAAAAAUGCCUGAUACUCAAGAUGCUUGGCAAAAAAUUGAAGAAGAGUUUUUGCAAUUAUUACAUUUUCCAAACACUAUAGGGGCAAUAGAUGGAAAGCACAUUUAUAUUCAAAACCCUCCCAAUUCUGGAUCAUACUUUUUCAACUACAAGGGUCGAUUCAGCAUUGUACUUUUAGCAAUGGUAGAUGCAAAAGGAAAUUUUUUAUAUGUCGAUGUGGGAUGCAAUGGUAGAAUAUCUGAUGGAGGUAUUUUAAAGAACUCAUCAUUGUUCAGAGCAUUGCAUGACAAAACUUUAAACUUACCCAAAGAAAAGCCUCUGCCAGGGAGAGUUAAACCUAUACCACAUGUGAUUAUAGGUGAUGAUGCAUUCGCUUUGUCCAGACAUGUUUUAAGAAGUUUUCCUAAAGCAAAAACUACUUCUAAAGAAAAAAUUUUCAAUUUUCGCCUUUCACACUGCAGAAAUGUGGUGGAGCGUACAUUUUUACGUUUAGUUUCAAGAUUUAAAAUUUUCAAUCAACCGAUCGACUUAAAAUUAGAAAAUAUUGAAAACAUUGUAUUGGCUACUUGUGUUUUACACAAUUUUUUGAAUUCCCACGAUUCGCCUAUUGGAGCCAUAAAUUCUUGUAAUGAAAACAACUCAUUAAGCAAUAUUUCUCUACAAGGAAGCAACCGUAGCUCACAGGAAGCAAGUGAAAUUAAAAGUGAAUUUGCAGAUUACUUCAUGAAUGAAGGAGCUGUUGACUUUCAAUGGCACAUAUUGUCUUGAAUUUAGAGUUGGAAAUUAAAACUAAAAAUUUAAAAUUUAUUUAAAAUUUAUUUAAAAUUUUGUAAUAAAAAACUAAAUGUUUUAAUUUUGUUUUUUUAUGUAAGUUGUCUUUAGAAUUGUAUAGAUAUACACAUGUACAGGCACGGUUAACAAUACAUAUUAUAAAUUCUAUCAGAGAAUCAUGAGUGUUUGUAAUGUUUAAACUAGCAAUAAAAAAUCAUUUGAAAAAAGGAAGACUUACAUUUGAUACACUAGCUCUUGGCGUUAUGCAAUCUUUUAAGAAAAGCAUUUCAUCAUACCAAUAAAUCUGUGGAACAUAAAUGUCUUCUACGCCAGCUCCACUUCUUUUAGAAUCUUCACACUAAAACCAAAUAACGUGUACACAAAAGCGUGGACAAAAAAGCACAUAAAAUUAUAAUAUACCU